AUGGGAAUCGGAAGCAAGACCAACUACUUUUAUCAGAUCCCUCCAAGGCCGCAGGCAGAGCACAGCGCUUUGUCUGAACGAAAGCCGCCCCCUCACAGGGCGGCAGCAGGAGCGCAGGACAGCGCUGUGCCGGCAUCCCGCGCAGCAAGGCCUGCCCCCGCAGCCGUGCCGCCCGCACCCAACAGUGGGCGCGUUCCCGCAGCCCGGGGCCCUCCCUCUGCCUCCACAGCACUCGGCUCUUCGUCUCCCUGCGCCGUUCCCCGCAGUCUUCUCGGCGUCGAGCGCGGGUCCCGCCGGGCCGCCGCCUUCCAUUCGGCGCAGAGCCCCGCAGGGCGUUCCCCCGCCUCGGUACGGACCGCAGCGGAGCGCGCGCGAUCGGGACGCGCCUCAGAGCACCGCUCCGCCGAGCACGGCCGGAUUCGCGAAGCUAGGGAGAGCUGGGGCUGCCUACAGCUUUGUUCCUGCCUCUCACCCCUGCAGAGAGGAGAUGCCUGCGAGCAGUUUGGCUCCUUGGUGGGAUUGCUGGCACCUCUGACGUGUGACCCCAAGCCCACAUCCCGCCAGUUGGCCGUCACCUGUCUGAGCUCCCUUCUCCAAAUCCAAGCCAAAGCAGCCAACAGAGGCAUCGAGACAGGAGACAUCGGGAGCCUAUGUGAGGGGCUGCAUGCCUACAGCACCAUCUGUCAUCUCCAGACUUGGGAAGGAAACUUCCCUCUAGAACGCACCGUCGACUUCAUGAUAGCCAUCAAGGAGACCUUCCGGAGAGCCAAAGGAGUGCGUGUGCGUGCUGCUGGGAAGUGGAUGACCACCUUUCUGCAGAUGUAUGGAAAGGAUAUCUGUCGGGAUGUGCCUCCAAUCCUCUACAUCCUGCGCAGCUGCACAUCAUCUGUGCAGCAGAGCACGUUCGUGCCCUUCCUGUGCCAGGCGGUGGUCAUCCUCACGUACAUCCUCACGCGCUGUCACACAGAGGUCAUGAUCGACAACUUCUCCCGGCUGCUUGGGCCCACAGACAGGUACUGGCACUCCUGCUUUUGCUGUAGCUGCGGUCACAGUUGUUGCUUGCCUCUGCCAGAGGGAUCCAGGGAGAAAGCAGCUUUACUUUUUUCCUCUCAAAGUCUGUUUGAGGCGAAAAUUACUCAAGUUGUGACUCUCCUUUUUCUAGUGAGACAUGGAGGAGAAUAAGAGAGUUUUCUCUUCAACGGUAGAGCUGGUAGAAGAAAGGAAAAGAAAGGAAAAAAAGGAGGAGAAAAGACAAUGGAGAAAGACGAUGGAGAAAGAAAAGACGACGGAGAAAGAAAAGACGACGGCGAAAAGAAGGAGAAGAAACAGGGGAGGGGAGAUGAGAGGAGAUAAGAAAGGAAAGGAA